AUGUUGUAUGCUAUUUUGACUGUGUUCAGCCGUGUCAUUGGCGGGAUUGGCUCUCCUUUUCUUGGUGGAAGAGAUCUGAUGAGGAAAACAAAGGCUGGCCUUUGUCUUCUUCUUGGUUCUGCGUCAAGAAAGAGAGAAGAGACAUUUGAGAGGAAGGAGUGCCGUCGAUCAUCGAUUUGGGUUCUGUCACAACUGGGUUUGAUUUCAGAUACAAUCGUCGACGAAAUGUCUCCAACGAAGGUCAGAGCUGUUCGGCGAAAGAAAAUACAAGAGGAGUACUCUUCUAGUAGCUCAGACAGUGAAGUUGUUCCUGAAGAUAACUCCUCAGAGGACGAUGAGGAGGUGAUUGUUGCGAGGGAGAAGGUUAGAAACUACAAAAGGGGAUGGAAGGAUGUAUCUCUACUGCAGGAGAGUGACAAAGAAGGUGAAGAUGAUGAUGAGCAGGUUCAUGAGGAGCAUGAUGAUGAGCAGAAUGAUGAGGGUUUAGGUUAUGAGGAGUAUGAUGAGGAGCCUGGGGAGAGCGAGAAAGGUGUUGAUAGUGAUUAUUUAGACUCUUCUGAUCCAGGAAGUUACAGGGAUAGUACAGAUGAGGAUCCAGAGGUGCGGGAUGAUGCAAUUAGAAAGAGAAGCAGAUUUCCAUCAUACAAAAAGGUGAAAGGUAUUCCGAAAUUUGAGCUUGGCAUGUUGUUCACUAGUAAUAAUGAGUUUAAGGAUGUUGUUAGCAAUUAUGCUAUAAUGACUAGGACUGACAUUCGAUUCAGUAAAAAUGAACCUAGUAGAUGUAGAGCCAAAUGUAAGGGAGCUACUGAUUGUCCAUGGUUGAUAUUUGCAUCAUAUAGUAGACAAGUGGAUAGUUUUCAGGUAAAGACCUAUGUCAGUGAACAUACAUGUCAACCAAAAAGGGGUUUAAAGUGGUUAACUACAAAGUACAUGGUGAAGAGGUUCUAUGGUUUUAUUGCUGCCCACCCAGACAUAAAAAUUAGAUAUCUAAAACCCUUUAUGGAACAAGCUUUGGAAUUAGAUGUGAGCUUAGGCCAAUGUAAAAGGGUGAGAAAGACUGUAUUAGCUGAUUUAACUGGUAGUUGUGUAAAGGAAUAUGCACAAUUAAGGAAUUAUGCUGAGGAGUUGAUGUUGUCUAACCCUGGAAGUACUGUCUCAUUGCUUACUGAUAGGCAAGAUGAGAAUGGACCUGUUCCAUUCAAAGCAUUCUAUUGUUGUUUUAAGGCAUGUAAGGAGGGAUUUAUGAAGGGUUGCAGACCAAUAUUAGGAAUUGAUGGAUGUUUUUUAAAGGGAUUAGUUAAAGGGGAAUUAUUGACAGCAAUAGGCCGUGAUGGGAAUAAUCAAAUGUUUCCAUUAGCUUGGGCUGUGGUACUGGUUGAGAACACUGAAACAUGGACUUGGUUUCUGAAUUUGUUAAAGCACGAUUUAGGUACUGCUGAAGGUGAACUUUGGACUCUGAUAAGUGAUAGGCAAAAGGGCUUGGUUGCUGCUGUAGCUGAUACAUGGCCAAAAGCUUAUCACAGCUAG